GCGUUGUUAAUUCUCAAUGAACUGUUACCGUACUCCCACGCUAAGUGCCACAUACAGGGCGAUCGGAUGCGAGCGAGGAUACCACACGUUUGAUCCCAACGUCGAACCUCAACAAUCUCGUCUGCACUACCGCAGUUGCCCCCACAUCGUCGGAGGCCUUAUUGCAGGGGAAAGAGGGCGAAGGAAAUUCAACCCCGUGGAGACACUCAGGUUCGCUCGUCCUUCCGAUCAUACUCCUAGCCUGGCAGAACCAUGCUUUGGGAGAGAUGUCCUGGCCUCAUUGCGGCCACAUCAGUACCAGUCAACCCUGGUUGGCUCAGUAGCCGAAGGUCGCAGAGUGAGACGUGGCGCAAGAAUGGAAGACAGACUUAUUCACGUCGAAGAGGACGCGCGGCUCGGGAGAAGGAGAACGCCACGGGCUACCUCACGACUCGCUCGCCAUUUUCGCCGAUCGACCUCGUACUGCCGUACGACAGAACACCGAUGGAAGGACCAGAUUGAGAACAUAAUUGGAUAUGCUGAUCGUUGGGCCACGUCUAACACUGAGUACGGAAAUCGUUGUUAUGCUGUUCGUGCUUACAACACACUCAAACUCCCUUGAAUUCACUACAUGUCUACCGCCACUCAAACUCGAUGGAAUAUAGAC